AUCUAUCCAUCUAUCCCCUAUUUUCCCUUUCCACUCCCUCUCUUCUCUUUCAUCUUACUUGAUGAGCCAGGUACUGUUUUUGGCCCUGAGAAUGUAGCAGAGAACAAAACAGCCACAGUCCCUGCCCUCUUGUAGCUGACAUUCCAGUUGGAGGAGUCAGGCAAUAAAUACAUAAAUACUAUUCUAUAGGAAGAAGCUAGAACACCAUUUGUUAGGGCAAAUGCCACACCAAGUGUUCAAACAGGGGGAUCUGAAGCUGAGGGACUGAGGGCUGACUGAGACUGUGUGAUAAGGGAAGGCCCUCUGGGGAGGAGACACUGAGUCCCAUGAGGAUGGCAGCGCCUGGACAGGGGACACAGCAGGUGUAAAGGCCCCAGGGCAGUGACAGCCUGGAUGAGUUUGAGGAGCAGAAAGAAAAUGCAAUAAAAGGAUGACACUUAUUUGGUUUCAACUUCGACAAGGGUCAGUUUUUCCAUUUCUCACUUGCUAGGGGCAGUGGCCCCUUUUCCAUGGAAGAAAGUCUGACCUCUCACCUCUGAAAGACCCUCCGCCACAUCCCUUCUGCUGGGGUGCUUGGGACGUUCCGUGCUGUUCCCUUGCAGGGUUGGAGGGCGGGAGGGGAGCUUGCCGUGGUGAGGCCACCGCUGACAUGCUAAUAUUUCAUUUUAAUCUUGAGUGCCAGGUUACUUCCUGAAUGAAGUGUCUCAGACAAGGCUCUAACUUACAUGAAAUAAAAGAGUUUAAUGCUAAUUACACAUCAUCUGACUACCAAAGCCAUAUUUAUUGAUGGUCUAAAAACACCAUUGAGGUGGAUGGACUGGGUAUCUGUCUUGGCUAGAAAUGCACCUGGAGUCCCUUUAGACUCCUUUGCAAUUCAUGCCUGCACGCCCCAUGCAUGGCAAAGCCCAGGGCACGUGGAUGUGGAAUGCAGGGAGCUGGAGCGAUCCCUUUGGCUUUCUCUACCAGUUGGAUAGAUCAGAGCCUUCAAUGCCCAUUUGAUUCAGGAAGGCGGGGUGGAGCCCAAGCUCACCUUUAGCCCCCAGGAAGUGCUGGUGAUGCUGGUCCCGUGACAGCAGCACAGUGAGACAUGAGAGUCUGGAGUAGCUGAGGGGCAAGCGCUCUCUGAUCUUGGCUCCUGGCCUCACAGAUCACAGGGAAUGACACCGACAAGUAGAGCCUUGCACUUCACUGUCUUGCCUACCACCUCGAUCUCUCUCUUCUCCUUUUCCUUCUUCCUGUGUCCCAGUCCUUCCUCCUGCACCUUCCCAUGUCGGUUUUGCUGUGGGCUCUCCAAGGCUAAGCACAGCAUUUUCUCAUGCUUGUUAAAGUAUCCAUUGCACAGCUGGACCACCAUCUCCCACCCUGUGCCUUGGUUCUGGUUGUCUGAACUUCAUGCCUGGUCUCCCCACCUAGACUUUGAGCCACUGAAGGGCAGAGCCUCUGUCCCUCCCUCCUACUCCUGUCCCUCCUGGGUUCCCAGAUUCUUCUUGUGAUGACAAGGUGGAAGCAUAUACUCCCCCACUCUCUGCAAGCAGAGACUCACGGAGGGCAGAGCUGGCUGCAGCAGCCACAUGUUGAUUGAACGUGGUGGGGUGGGGCCCGAAACACAAGUCGUGUUCUUCCAGUCCAUCCUCCAGCUUCUCCUUAGCGUAUCUUCUUUUGACCAUAUCUUUCCUCUCAUCAGCAUUCUCUGAAUGGUGCACACUACGGCUGCAAAACUCUAGUUGCCAAAUGUGAAGUGUCACCAAAUCCUCUCCCUCCAUCUGUCUACACAGAAACCUCACUACCUCGCUUGCCUUUGCCCUUUGCACCUGAAGUCACACGGACGUCCUGUUGAUGUGCCUGCGAGGGCAACAGCAUUUCCAUCAGUGUCUGAGGUUGUGACCACCUGGAGAAGGCACCCUGGUGGCUGUCCAUGGGGAAUGUGGGUUUAAUGAUGCUAGAGCUUUGGAUUUUUCAAGCAAAAGCAGGAAUCUCUAUUUUUACAUGAAACUCAACAAGUUGAUGACCCUUACAUAUCUUUGCUUAAAUUGCCAUGUGAGCCACACAAGUUAUGAGUUGGUGGAAUUCAGCGAGCAGACCUCAAGGUGUGGCCUCUGGUACAAACCAACUGUAGGGAGGAUUCCAUGGAUUCGACAGCGGAGAAUCUCGCCGGGUCCAAGGGAGGGGACUGGUGGAGGCUGAGUCCUCAGCUGCUCCGCUUGCUUGGUGAAGGAGUAUCACAUGGACAGGGCUUUGAGGACUCAGAAGCCAUUUUGCAAACGUAGACCCUGAUGUGGCUCUCAGGCCUCAGGAAAACUCAUUCUUUAUACCAGCUUGUCUGUAGCCCACCUAUAAUUAGCAUCUGAAAUUUCUAAAUGAACUGCCUGAUCCAGUAAAUUUAGCAAACUUGUUGUGAAGUGUUACCAAAUCAUCUCCCUCCAACUGUCCACGCAGACGCCACACUACCUUGCUUGCCUUUGCUCUUUGGAACUGAGGCGCUUAUGUGCACUGUCUGGCAGCCACGCAGACAUCCCAUUUAUGUGAUCUAUAAUGAGUUUAUUAGUGUUUCACUGCCUUGUUGCUAUUAAGUUUUAUCAGUUUCAGCUUCAAGAGCACAAGGUUAAAUUUUCAAUAGAGUUUUCGCAAAGUUUAAGUGGGAUUAAGAUUGUUAAAAAUAUGUCCAAAUGGUGGAAACAUGUAUUUGGUUUGAUGAUACUAUUUCUGCCCACUCAAGGAUUUUGAUCUCUUAUUUAUAAAUGUAACACUUUUCUGAAAACCAGAAUGGUAGCACAGGGCUCGGAUUUUCUUUUUGCAAAUGAAACAUGAAUGCAUUAAAUGUGGAGGAUCACACUGAAGCUGUGUCAACUGAGUCCGACCCGUCUGCGAUUGUGCAGUCUAGAUGUUGCUGUCACUGUCCCGGGGUGUGGUUUUGACUGGCUGUUGCUUUGACCUGGCAAAUAAAAAUUGUAAAGGAAAAGACAAAAUUCUUCCACAAAUUGCAAAGGGAUGAAUUAUGACAUUAUUUUCUCCCUGUACCAUAAGAUAAGCAGGUUCUCCUCUGAAAAUACGUGUGUGCAUAAUUGGAUAUUGUUAACCUGGGUCUGUUCUGUAAUUCUUGAGCAAUUUUUUUUUUAGAAGGAAACCAACUCAGGAGUUUCUUCAGUGGCUGCAAUCAGAAUAAAGUGGUUCCACUUUUAGGUUAAGAGAAAAAAAAAACAGUAAUAGGCUGGGCUGCUAUUAUGGAAAGUUUAUUAUUAUUGGUACAUAAGCUAGCUGGGGGUUUAAGCACAGAGCAGUUGGAUAAUUUAGCUAGCUCCUGGAUCCAAUUAAAAAAAAUCUAUGUUGUGUCCACAGUGGGGGGAUGGCCAUCGCUGAGAAAGCACUCUAGCGUGGAUGGUGACACACCUGUGGCAUUCUCUUGGUUAUACGCAGUUUGGGAUGCAGAAUGCUCUAAAUCCUCUCAUUACUGCCUUAGAGAAGGCAGACACUUCAAACAGUUCUCCAUUUAUCUGAGAUUACCAGUUAAACUCGUUAAAAAGCAACUAUGGCUUGUUCACUCAAUUGGCUGUUGGGAAGAUUUCCGUGUUCUGUAGCAAUGGCGACAGCGUGGCUUUGAUUAGUGGAGUGCUAUACUUUUUAGGGGAGACCUUUUCUAACUUAAUUUAUGACUCUGGUUGAAUGGCGUCUGUGCUGGGGUAUUACGUAUUUCCCCAACUAUUGUACCUGAUGUCAAUAAAGGUGCAUUUAGGGAAAUUUGAACUAAAACCCCAGGGUGUUUUUGUUCUUUGGGGAAGCAAUGCGCCAUAAACAUUUUGAACUUGAGCCAACAACCUCCCCUGACCAUGAUUGCAAAUUACUGUAGAAUGUAUGGAUUGCUGGCGGAACACUAUUUGAGGAAACCUGUAUUUUAUAGAAUGUCACUUUCAUGCACAAUCCAGGCAAAACAGAGGGGAAAAAAACUAAUUUAAACAGCAGACAGUGUUCUCUUGAAUGAAGAUUAUGACAAAAAAUGUUAUAAAAAUCAAGCUCUAAAUAUGGCUUUUUAUUUAAUCAUUAUUACAUCAAUCAUCAAUAUCAAUACUUAACAGCAAGCUGAUAAUGUAGCCAGUAGGUGAAACAGCUAUUAAAAAGUGUAAAAAAAUGAUUAAUCAGAUACGGGGGGUAUUAAUGCCCUCCAAUUAUUAAAUGAUAAGUACAUAUUUUUGGAAGUGUUUGUUUUUAAUAGUCAACUGUAAUAUUAGUUUGCAAAAAUGUAAUUGCUUCUUAAUUUUGCAUUUUAGCUUCUUUGUGCUGGGUACAAAGGUAGUAUAUUUCUGUAGUUAUUGUUUGCAGCACUCCGUGUAAAAAAUCACGUUCAUUUCAAGAAGCUGUUAUGGUAUUGAUUGUGGUAAAGACUUCCAUUAACUGACCAAUCUAAAUCUCAUAAGUGAUGUCAGGAUAGUUAUGCAUUUGCUUGGUUCAAGUAUUCAGCCAUUAUGUUAGAAUGCAGGCAGUGUCUGAAUAUGGCUGUUAAAUUAUUUCUAAAUACCGAACCAGAACAGCUUAACAGUUCUGCAGUUUGAGACUGACACAAAAAUGACAAUCUGCCACCUCUUUGUUUUUUAAAUAUUAACGCUGUAUUGGGAUAGUAUUUUUGGAGUAAAAACCUGUGGCACGAGAGGAUAAGUGACAUAAACAAAGGCAGCUGGGCUUCAUGAAAUAAUGGAACAAUAAGGCCCUUGCAGCCGCUCUCAUCACUCCAGUAUGUUAAUUAGCAUUCUGUUGUGGCCGCAACACUGAAAACAUGUAAUCUGUAUUGGUGUACAGUACAGCUGUGAACACACAUCCUUUUUUGUGAGUCCCUGGAGUUAGCCUUGCCAUUGGCAUAUGCGUUUGGGCCAAAAGUCAAGCCAUCACCACUAAAAUAGCACACCAUAGCAGCAAAAUGUCAUUUGUCUUUUCUUGUUUUUUUUUUUUUUUUUUCUCUCCCCUCAAUGCCACAUGCUAUCCAGUGAUGUAAUCUAGUAUCACUGCAUCUGCCUCCCUGCUGUAUUUUUGCAGGAGGGUAUCUGGAUAUCUGUAGGGGAAAGGAGGGGGCAUUGCCAGCCAGCAGGAGACGGAAAAGGCAGCAGCCCCAAAAGAGUCAAAUUAGAAAAUAAAUUAUUUCUUUUUGCAUUAUAUGUUUAAAUGCAUAUAUAGAGAAUAUAUAUAUGCAUAUAUAUGUGUGUGUAUAUAUAUAAAGAGAGAAUAUAUAUACAUUGAAGAAUCUAUGCAUUUAAUAUCUGCCACCUUUUUGCAUAGAUUCUUCCUUAAGUGUCAUGAAACUAGAAUCCGCUUCUUGUUUUCGUAAGGUAAAAGAAGGGCAGUUAAUUUCAGCACCAAGGCUUGGAGGAAAUGAGACCUAAGAAAAAAGAAUCAGAGUAAACUUUACCCUUAUUUAUCAUUUCUAUUUAGAACAGGGUGGACAGUCUUUCAUGCAUGUACUUAGGAUGGGAUUGGCUCUUCCCAUUUCAGAGCUGACAAAACUGAGGCUGAGGCAUGGUCCAAAGAUGGGCCCUAAUUGCAGGGCCUUUCUGGCCUCUGUAGAGAGAGAGUGAAAACAAUUGGUCAUUUUGAGGGAAAGGGGUUAGCACCAGUGAGCAGAGGCAGUUAGUAGCUGGGAGCAGUGACUCCAGCCUUCAGAGGCAGGACUCAGAAAGGCCUCUCUUGUGUGAUUUUGCUGCUCACACGUGGCCUGCUGGGAGCCGCCCCUGGUACUGCCGGGACACGGCCCUGGGAUCUUGCUGAGGCCAGCUUUGGAACAGGGGAGGUGAGUCUGGAGAAGAGAGUUUCCACGUUGUCAUCAUAGGAUCUGGACUCAAGUGACCAAAACCUUGCUUGGAUUUUUACCUGAUGAAGUUUGGCUUGAAAAGUGAAAAUGGUUCCAUUUCCAUUUUCCCUGUUCUCAAGUAGAACGGAACUCUUCCCCACUGGCCAAGCCCUCAUCCUGAAUCCCUUGUCCAGCCUGGAGGUCUUCUGAGAGAUGUCAGUUGGCACCUUUCCCCUGACUUGUCCCUGUGAGGGAUGGAAGAAGCGAGCCUGUGCCUUGGAGUGUCUUCGGCGGAGCCGGAAGCUGAGCCCCACCUGAGUGGCCCCGUCCUCAACGGCCAGUAUGCCAUGAGUCAGAAGCUGCACCAGAUCACCUCCCAGCUCAGCCAUGCCUUCCCCGAGCUCCAUCCCCGGCCCAACCCCGAGGAGAAGCCCCCCGCAUCCCUGGAGGAGAAGGCCCACGUGCCCAUGAGCGGCCAGCCCAUGGGCAGUCAGAUGGCGCUCCUGGCCAACCAGCUGGGCCGGGAGGUGGACACCAGCCUCAACGGGAGGGUGGACUUGCAGCAGUUCCUCAACGGGCAGAACCUGGGCAUCAUGUCCCAGAUGAGCGACAUCGAGGACGACGCCCGCAAGAACCGCAAGUACCCGUGCCCACUCUGCGGCAAGCGUUUCCGCUUCAACAGCAUCCUCUCCCUGCACAUGCGCACGCACACGGGCGAGAAGCCCUUCAAGUGCCCGUACUGCGACCACAGGGCGGCGCAGAAGGGGAACCUCAAGAUUCACCUGCGGACCCACAAGCUGGGCAACCUGGGCAAGGGGCGUGGGCGUGUGCGCGAGGAGAACCGCCUGCUGCACGAGCUGGAGGAGCGCGCCAUCCUGCGGGACAAGCAGCUGAAAGGCAGCCUGCUGCAGCCCCGGCCGGACCUGAAGCCACCGCCGCACGCCCAGCAGGCCCCGCUGGCCGCCUGCACCCUGGCCCUGCAGGCCAACCACAGCGUGCCCGACGUGGCCCACCCGGUGCCCUCGCCCAAGCCUGCCAGCGUGCAGGAGGACGCGGUGGCCCCGGCGGCGGGCUUCCGCUGUACCUUCUGCAAGGGCAAGUUCAAGAAGCGCGAGGAGCUGGACCGCCACAUCCGCAUCUUGCACAAGCCCUACAAGUGCACGUUGUGCGACUUCGCGGCUUCGCAGGAGGAGGAGCUCAUCAGCCACGUGGAGAAGGCACACAUCACCGCCGAGUCGGCCCAGGGCCAGGGCCCCAACGGCGGUGGCGAGCAGUCGGCCAACGAGUUCCGCUGCGAGGUGUGCGGUCAGGUGUUCAGCCAGGCGUGGUUCCUCAAGGGCCACAUGCGCAAGCACAAAGACUCCUUUGAGCACUGCUGCCAGAUCUGCGGCCGGCGCUUCAAGGAGCCCUGGUUCCUCAAGAACCACAUGAAGGUCCACCUCAACAAGCUGUCGGUGAAGAACAAGUCCCCCAGCGACCCCGAGGUGCCUGUGCCCAUGGGCGGCAUGUCCCAGGAGGCCCACGCCAACCUGUACUCCAGGUACCUCUCCUGCCUGCAGAGUGGCUUCAUGACCCCGGACAAAGGCGGCCUGAGCGAGCCCAGCCAGCUGUAUGGCAAGGGCGAGCUGCCCAUGAAGGAGAAGGAAGCGCUGGGGAAGCUGCUGUCUCCCAUCUCCAGCAUGGCCCACGGCGUCCCGGAGGGGGACAAGCACUCCCUCCUGGGAUGCCUCAAUCUCGUGCCGCCGCUGAAAUCCAGCUGCAUCGAGCGGCUGCAGGCGGCUGCCAAGGCUGCGGAGAUGGACCCCGUGAACAGCUACCAGGCUUGGCAGCUCAUGGCCAGGGGCAUGGCCAUGGAACAUGGCUUCUUGUCUAAAGAGCAUCCGCUGCAGCGCAACCACGAAGACACUUUGGCAAACGCCGGGGUUCUGUUUGAUAAGGAGAAGCGGGAGUACGUGUUAGUGGGAGCAGAUGGCUCCAAGCAGAAAAUGCCUGCUGAUUUGGUUCACAGCACUAAAGUGGGCAGCCAGAGAGACCUGCCAAGUAAGCUCGACCCUUUAGAAAGCAGUCGGGACUUUUUGUCACACGGGCUGAACCAGACUCUCGAGUAUAACCUGCAGGGUCCUGGGAACAUGAAGGAGAAGCCCACCGAGUGCCCCGACUGCGGCCGGGUGUUCCGCACCUACCACCAGGUGGUCGUGCACUCCCGUGUCCACAAGCGGGACCGCAAGGGCGAGGAGGAUGGGCUGCACGUGGGCCUGGAUGAGCGGCGUGGCUCGGGCAGUGACCAGGAGUCCCAGUCGGUGAGCCGCUCCACCACGCCGGGCUCCUCUAACGUCACCGAGGAGAGCGGGGUCGGAGGCGGCCUCUCCCAGACCGGGAGUGCCCAGGAGGACAGCCCGCACCCCUCCUCGCCAUCCUCCUCAGACAUUGGCGAGGAGGCUGGGAGAUCUGCCGGCGUCCAGCAACCGGCGCUGCUUCGCGACAGAAGCCUGGGCUCGGCCAUGAAGGACUGCCCGUACUGUGGGAAAACUUUCCGGACAUCCCAUCACCUUAAGGUGCACCUGAGGAUACACACAGGUGAGAAACCCUACAAGUGUCCGCACUGUGACUAUGCCGGCACGCAGUCAGCGUCCUUAAAAUACCACUUAGAGCGACAUCAUCGGGAGCGGCAGAACGGGGCUGGGCCGCUGUCUGGGCAACCCCCAAAUCAAGACCACAAGGACGAGAUGUCAAGCAAAGCUUCUCUGUUCAUCAGGCCAGACAUCCUGAGGGGGGCCUUCAAGGGUCUCCCUGGAAUCGACUUCAGAGGAGGCCCUGCAUCUCAGCAGUGGACAUCAGGGGUUCUCUCCUCCGGAGAUCACUCGGGGCAGGCCACGGGCAUGUCUUCGGAGGUCCCCUCAGAUGCUCUGAAAGGCACUGACCUUCCUUCCAAAAGCACCCACUUCUCUGAGAUCGGAAGAGCUUAUCAAAGCAUUGUGAGCAACGGUGUGAAUUUCCAAGGGUCCUUGCAAGCUUUCAUGGACAGUUUUGUCCUCAGUUCCUUGAAGAAGGAGAAGGACAUGAAGGACAAAGCCCUGGCUGACCCCCCGUCCAUGAAAGUCCACGGAGUGGAUGGUGGUGAGGAGAAACCCAGUGGCAAGUCCUCCCAGAGGAAGUCCGAGAAAUCUCAGUAUGAACCCCUGGACUUGUCUGUGCGGCCAGAUGCCGCCUCCCUCCCGGGCUCCUCGGUAACUGUGCAGGACAGCAUUGCGUGGCACGGCUGCUUGUUUUGUGCUUUCACAACGUCCUCCAUGGAGCUCAUGGCCCUUCAUCUCCAGGCCAACCACCUGGGCAAAGCGAAACGCAAAGAUAACACCAUCGGGGUCACAGUCAACUGCAAAGACCAAGCCCGGGAGGCGAGUAAGAUGGCCCUGCUGCCCUCGUUACAAUCAAACAAAGACCUGGGCCUCUCCAAUAUGAUCAGCUCUCUAGACUCUGCUUCUGAGAAGAUGGCCCAAGGUCAGCUCAAGGAGACUCUGGGGGAGCAGAAGAGCGGUGCAUGGACCGGCCACGUGGACCCUGCAUUUUGUAACUUCCCAUCAGACUUCUACAAGCAGUUUGGUGUUUACCCAGGCAUGGUUGGCUCCGGGGCCUCCAGUUCCUGCCCCAACAAGGAGCCUGAUGGAAAGGCCCACUCUGAAGAGGAUGUCCCCAUCCUGAUCCCCGAAACCACGAGUAAGAACACUACUGAUGACCUCUCUGACAUUGCCUCCUCAGAGGACAUGGACUCCUCCAAGGGGGAGAACAACGAUGAAGAGGAUGUUGAAACCGAACCGGAAAUGAUGACCAAGCCACUGUCUGCCCUCAGCAAAGACAGCAGCAGCGAUGGCGGGGACAGCCUGCAGCCCACAGGCACCUCCCAGCCCGUCCAGGGACUGGUCUCACCUUUAUCCCAAGCACCGGAGAAGCAGUGGCACAGCCAGGGUCUUCUCCAAGCCCAGGACCCCUUGGCGGGCCUGCCAAAGCCGGAGCGGGGGCCCCAGAGCCUGGACAAGCCGAUGAACAUGCUGUCGGUCCUCAGGGCCUACAGUUCUGAUGGCUUAGCAGCCUUUAACGGACUUGCAAGUAGCACAGCAAAUUCUGGAUGUAUCAAGAGGCCAGACUUGUGUGGUCACAGGCCUUUCCAGUGCCGCUACUGUCCCUACAGUGCCUCUCAGAAGGGGAACCUGAAGACCCAUGUCCUCUGCGUCCAUCGCAUGCCUUUUGACAACAGCCAGUAUCCCGACCGCAGGUUCAAGCGCUCCAGGGUCGACUCGGAGGCUUCUGGGAAUUUCGAGGAGCCUACAGCUGUCAAGGCGGGGAGCUCUGCAGACCUCACGGAACAGGGCGGCAAGGGCCAGGAGGAGACCAACUGAGCAGACCAACCUGUAUAUUGCAAUAGUAUUUUACACAGUUUUAACAUUAUGCAUCUGGUAAAAGUUUGCUAACUGCAUUCCAAGGGGAAAAAAAUCAUGUACAACCCCCCUAAUAGUGUAUAGAACAUUUAAAAAAUUUUAAAAGAUAUCUAUAUAUAUAUUAAAAAAAAAAUUCCCCAGCCCUUGAAAAUGGCUGCUAAACUGUUACCCGGCAACAAGUACUUCCAAAACAAUGCAGGUGGGAGAAAAGUGAUUUCAAAAAUUCUUGGUGCCCUCCGAGCUGGAGAGAGCUGGGGGCCCUUCCAACUCGAAAGUCGUCUUUGUCCAAAAAUAAUGCUCUUAACCGAAAAACGAUACCAUCUAAACGAUUUAGUGUUGCGUUGAAGAUGGAGGGGCUGUGUUUUCGUUGUUGAAAACACCUCUAUAAUCUGACACCAGCUGCUGUCAUUUGCCUAGAACCCUAAUGAGAUGUGUCGGGAGGCAGCUGCGGUGCCAGUCAGACUGGAGCGGUCACUGCAGAGAAAAUCAAUUCACGUGGUGUUGUAACUGCACUCUUGGAGAAACCUUAGACGGCCCGCAGCCUGCGCCGGGGCUGACCGGCACUGCAGAGGAUUGAGAUCUUAAAUGCGCAUUUUUACAAAAUACACAGCCAAAUGAAAUCAAUGAUCAGGAAGUGUCUGCAGACAAAUGUCCAUUGCAGGUUUGAUGAGUAAUUCCUUUUUUUAGAUCAAAUUGUUCUCGGUGGUCUUUUCUUCUUUUUUUAAAAAAAAUUUUGGAUGAAGAAGGAAGUUGCUAUUAAAAAAAAGUAGGGUACGUUAUAUAAAAUGUUGUUAGAAAAACUAGCUAACCCCAUCCAUAGAAGAUGCUGGUGAGCAAUUAAAAUUUAGGUAAUAAUAGAAAGAUUUUUUUAUUAUGAUUUUUAAAAUUUUACUUGAAUGAAGGCUGCUCCGGUCCUUAUUAUCGGAUUUUUUUUUCAUGUGUUGGUUUUUAUAAGUGUCACAGACAUGAAGCAAGAUUUUCUUCUCCAGCAAGCUCUUAUGAAAUAGCUUGUAUUAAAAUAUGAAUCUAAACAUCGUGCUCUCUAUCUCUAAUGAUGAAAACUGUUUGAGUUAAAAAUGUCUGUUUUUGUAAAACAAAUGUGUUCUAUAUUUUUGUAGAUUUUAGAUUUUCUACUGAUUGGAUACUCCAAAUUUAUCAAGUUCUGCACCACACAGGAGAUUUUGAGUGUCAGUAAUGAAACACUUAAUUCAUUAAAAAAAAGAUUUAAGAAGACUAGUUAAAGGUUUAUUCUUGAAUCUGUUAGCAUGGUGUAAAGUUGAGCCUUUUAACAUACUUCCUUUGAGUGACAUGAAAUUGGUGCUGUUGCUUGUGGUAGAGAAGUAUGAAAGUAUUAACUUCUUCUAAAACAAAAUCAUUCAGACUUAAAAAAAAAAAAAAAAGGUCAAUAUUUCCUUGCAGGCUGGGAGCACAGAUUAAACCCCAGGGCCUUAAAAACUUCAGCUCUGCCUACAGCAGUUUACAAAAAUACUAAACUGCAAUCAAUGUAAAUAAAAUUCUUAGUGCUAUCCUGAGACCAGAAAGAAUCUCAGGCUAAUAAGGAAUCCGGUUUGCAUAUGCUGUCAAAAGGGUGUCAUCUAACCGAGGUUUCAGUGUAAAUGAGGUCGCUGUGCAACUUGGACCCAUCUGGCAUAGAGCAAGCUGCUUUCUUGUUUUUCUAGUAUAGUUCUCACUGCCUUACUUAAAUCGAGUUGAUAAACUUAAUGCAACUGUUUCUAUGAUUCUAGAGAAAGGACUGAAAUGUUAUUGAAAACUUUCCGACUGUAGUAAGCUUUAGGAUUUUGACUGCACUACUGUGUUUGGUGACUGUGCCAGUCCCUUGCUUUCUGUGUUUGCUCUGCCUUUGGUAUCUUAGCAAAGAAAAAUUAAAAAAGAAAAAAAAAGAUGAAAAAAAAAAGAAAAAAAGAAAAAAAAGAGGAAAAAAAAGUGGGGAAAAAAAUGAGAGCCACAUUCCAUUUCUAGCACUUUGGGAGCUCUUUCAGUAUUUUUUUGUGUCUUUUCAGCAUCCUCAGAUGCGACAGGCAAUAAUUCUGUUUGUGACACUGGGAACAUCCCCUCUUCUUUGUGGUGUGUGUGUUGAUUCCAUUUUGUCCAGUGCUGCUGUCCUUCCUCCCCCUCUGACACAGGCCUUCUUUCCAGAACAUUUGUAACUUGUAAUACAAACAAGUGACAGCCACAGUGAUGCAGCGUCAGUUUCUGAAUGUCAUCAGGUUCUCAUAUCUAAACAUGUCAAGUUUUUUCCCUGUAACUUCUGUAGUCUGUGAUGCUGGUCAUAAUACUGUCUACAUUCCUACGCAAAGAAAAAAAAAUCUAUCUUGGAGGAAAUCUGAGAUCAAUAGGAGUAGAGGAUUUUGUUGCUAUGCUUGUAACAAGUAGAAAACUUUGUAUUUAAAGUUUAUUCUUGGUCAUUAUUUAUUAUUAUAAUACAUCAGUUGACAGAACUUUAUUCUGGUAUAGAAAGUAUUAAAAGUUGUUUUUUCAGCAAUGACUGUUUUCUUUCUGCUGUUAGAAUAAAAUGUCUUUGAAGCA